AUGCAAUUCAAGACACUCGCUGCUCUUUUAUUUGCCUCGGCGGCUCUUGCUGCCCCGGCCCCUGAUUCCACCGCUACCGCGGAAUCUUCCUCCUACGACGAUUCCGACGAUUAUGACUCCGCUCUUGAGAGUAUUAACAUCCCAUCAUCCGUCAUCGAGAUUCUGGCUACUGCCACCGCGGAGAUUGCCUGGGCCAACAGCAUGUACACCAAUUCUGAUUACGCCCAAGCCGAGGUGACCCGUGUUGCAGACGGUAAAUUCCCUUCCUGGGUCACCGAACUUCCGGAGAGUGCGCAGACCUACGUUGAAAAUGAGCUCAAGGCCGAAGCUUCCGCGUACUUGGCCUCCGAGAGUUUGACAUCCGCUGCCACUGACGAUACCUCGGCCACCGAGACCGGAAGCUCGGCUUCUGCCUCGUCUGCUGCUGUCACCAAGACCAGUAGCGAAACCUCCACUGAGACCAACACCGGUAGCAGCUCCGGAACUGCCACUCCCUCCGGGACUGCUUCUGGUUCCUCCAAGUCCGGAUCUUCCACAUCUACCUCCACUGCCGGUGCUCCCGCUGCGACUGGCGGCAUUGCCAUGAGCCUUGCCGGUGCUGCCGGUGUCCUGGGCCUCGCCCUUGCCCUGUAA